AUGUCGAAGUCCUUCAUGCUAUUGCUGUCCAUCUCAUCGUGGAGCGCUUCAGCCGUCCGCUCCGGCCCAGCGAAUCAGCAUGAGGUCCAGGACCCAGUUCGAGGACUCCAUUUGCACAGAUCGACCACUACCAUGUCCGACAACAUGCUGAACUAUGUCCGCCGUGUCCUAGCAGACGGGGAAUGCGAGGAGGAGCCCUAUGAUUCCCGAUGCCUUAGGGACAAGCUUCAUGCUGCGUAUCCUAACGCCUGGGAUGUCUACUGGAUGGAGGACCGUACUACUGCCGACACCUUUAUGCUUCAGACGGUUUUUGUGGACUACAUGCAGCACUGGACCCGGGCGUACUUCAAGACGCAGUACGAGUCCCCAGGCCGACACCUCCUCAUCUUUACCGACAGGAAGUCCAGGAAGUGUGCGUGA